AUGAAGGCGAGCCUUCUCCGAGGUCAUGCAGCCAGCAGUUUGUUCUUUUCAUUGCCAAAGCCAUCCAAUCUCACCAUGAUGAUGGUGGCAUCAUCUCACCCAAACCAUCCUUGUCUUUUAAAAACCAACUGCCAUGAUGACGAUUCUAAAUAUUUGAAAAUUUCUGAAAUUCAGAAGAGAUGUUUCCGUACCUCCUUUUCCUCAUUCUCAUCAUCAUUCAGUCAUAAUGAUAACAGAAAUGAAUUCAAUAAUUCUUCCUCCUCAAAAUUCGGAAUCUAUUGUGCAGUUGUUGGAGUCGCUACUGCAGUAGGCGUAUGUGCCAUGAUGUUGAAAGACUACAUCACUCAAGAUAACAAUGAUGCUGAACAACAAUUAAUUGAGCAUAAUGCAAAUAUGUCCUAUGAUGCAAUCAUGGAAGUGCUAGCCGAGGAUCCAAAGGGACUUUCCUUUUAUCCUAGUAGGGAUACUCCUCCAAUAUUUAGAGUUGUGUUGACUGGUGGUCCAUGUGCGGGUAAGACAUCAGCAAUGCAAAAGUUGAGAGAACGUUUGCAAAAUCUCGGUUUUCAAGUAUUUAUUAUACCAGAGGCUGCUACCUUGUUGAUGACAGGUGGUGCCAAGGUUACGGACAAGUCAACAGUGGAGGAAAUUUUGGCAUUUGAGACUUAUAUUAUCAAGACUCAGAUGGCUAUUGAGGAUAAUUUUAGGGAACUUGCCAAGGUGAGCAAGAAGCCAACAAUUUUGCUUUGCGAUAGAGGAACAUUGGAUCCAAAAGCGUACGUCUCUGAUGAUUUAUGGCAAGCAUUGAUGGAUAUGAAUGGAUGGUCAAUACCACAACUUCGUGACCAGAGAUACGACUGCGUUAUUCAUCUUGUCACCACAGCCAUUGGAGCUGAAAAAUACUAUACGAUUGAAAACAAUACUGUUAGAACGGAAACAAUCGAGCAAGCCAGAGAGCUUGACUACAAGCUGAGAGCUUCGUACAUUGGACACCCUCAAUUGUAUAUUGUUGACAAUGCUGUCAAUAGUUUUGAUGAAAAAUUACAAAAAGUUUUUAACAUUCUUUCACAUCAACUCGGAUUCCCAAGAGCUAAAUCUUCACGAAGACGUUUCUUAUUGAAACCAAUGCAAAAAGUGGAUAUUGAUUUACGACAUGAAAUUAUUGACCUUGAACAAAUUUUCCUGCCAACAAGUAACGACAAAGACAUUAUCAGAAUUGUAAAGAGAGGUCAAAAUGGAGUUUUUACCUACUCUUACCACUCAACUACUACAACAGAUGAUGGAUUUGAAACAAUUUCUGCUCGACCAAUUUCAGCGAGAACCUACGUCAACCUUGCAUCAUCUGCUGACAAGAGUAGAAUUCCAAUCUCAAAGAAGAUUUAUAGUUUUGUGUACAAGAAUCACUACUUUGAACUGAAUCAUUACCUUAAUGGAAAAGGAAAAGGAACCUUUAUUUUGAGUGUUGAAGCUGUCGCUGGUCAAGAAGUUACACUUCCUUCAUUCCUCAGUCCUUACGUUUUGGAAGAAGUGACCGAUAGUACCUAUUUGUCUUCUUAUGAAUUUGCUAAAAAGGACUCCAGUCAAAACGAGUGA